UUGAACGAAGCCUGGCAGCCGUGCUUUGGAAAACCCACUUCUCCAAAAAUAAAGUUUGACUACAUUCUUCUUACCGAACGGAAGACUUCACAGAAUAGAUUCGCUUAUUUUUCUCCGUUUUUUUGUUUUUACCAUUGCUUAUUGGGGAAAUGACUAAACCAUCAGACUUUUAGGAGAAAAUACAUUGGAAAGUGUCGCUCAACUUUCCACACAGGAAGCAAGGUCUAACUGCAGAUUGCGGACGACUCAGAUGCUCAGAACAUGGAGCUGAACAGAGGAGAAGUACCUCUAUAUGGCCAGGUGGAGGUCCGUGCUGUGUUACAGGUUCCAGAUCUGGACAGGGAACCAGAACAGACAGAGUUCUAUGUGGUUCUAGAAGGUUCCAGACUAGCCCAUGUUGCUGUAGUUAAGAGAGCGGAGGAUGGAGAGUCUCUUUGCUUCACAGUUCCUGGUCACGACCUCCAAGAGACCGCCUCUGUCACAGUGUAUCGUCACACAGAGGACGGAGCCAAGCCUUGUGGAGGCGGGGCCUCCCUGAGGUACGUCUGUGAUUUGCCACAGGAAGUGGCCGAGUACCUGCUAGCCAACAGCGACUCUUUGAGUCCCCAGAGCCACCUGGAGGUUCUGAGGAGGGUCUCAGCAGCUCCAGGGGAGGGGGACAUGGAGGGUGACAUGAGCGCUGGUCCAGGAAAGGAGCACUCUCUGGGGCAGACAGACCAGGAGGAGGAGGGGGUUAGAGGUGGGAGACCCAGACCUGAUCCACAGAUAGAGUGUCAUCUCAGGGAGAUGGAUGAGAGGAUAACCCAGGCCGUGGCUAACCUGAACUACCCUCUGGAGUGGAGCGGCAAGGCCAGCCAACCUAGAGAAGAGCUCCUGCCCAGGGAGGCUCUCCUCCACCUCUCAGUACGUCUGGGUUUGCUCCAUCUCUCCCGCUUUCUGAUUGGCCAGCCUAUGGGUCAGAGGGCACUGACCAUGCCCAAUGAGGAGGGGGAAACACCCCUCCAGCUGGCUCAGAGGAGAGGAGACCACUCCCUCUUUAUGGCACUCGCUACUUCACCUUUCCCUCAGAGGUCUCCCCUUGUCGGGGUGUGGUGUGUAUGGGCAGAUAGCACCCGUGUACUGAGGUUCUGUCCUGGAUCUGACUGCCUCUCCCUCACCUUCCUGGUGGGCCCUGAGAGCAGUGUUCUGGGCAACAUCAUGGUCCUCAGAGAGAAACUGAUGGACCACAACAUCCUCAGACAGAUCUCAGCACUGAGAGGUGAUGUUCAGAUGGAGGACAGUUACGGAUUGGACGUCCAUAGAAGUGAUGCCAGUGACGGAGGUCUGGGCAGGGGGCUGCCAGUUAGAUACCUUACUCUGGUGGAUAGUGUUUUUGAAGAUCAGCUUGUUCUCUCUCUGGAUGAUGAUGAGGAGCUUCCAACGUUACAAACAGUAAAGUCCCAGACUACCCACCCCAGAGGAACCCAGAGACAGCUCUCUCACUCUGCUGCUGCAGACACAUUAGCCUCCAUCAUCAAUGGCAGGAGUCAGCUCGACACAGAGGUGGAUGACUUAAGGGCUAAUGUCAGUGUUGCUGGGAUAGCGAGGGACAGCUCUGUGACUGUCAGCAGGGUGUGGGACUCGGUGGCCUCAGAGUGCCUGCUCCAGGCCACCUCUACCCCUCUACCUCCAUUGGGACUAGAGGAACAACAGUCCCCCUCCGUCUCUCACUCCCCCUCUCCCUCACCUUCCCCCGCUGACCGAGCCCUCGCCCGACUCAACAGCAACUCCCACUCUUACCUAACCAAUCAGAGAGGGAGCCCGCCUCUGGAAUCCCCUGACCUCAGCCCCAGUCUGGUAGCUCUAGUGAUGGACAGUGAGGAAGAUGAGGAGGGGUUCCUGGUGAAGACUUCCCUCUCUCCCAUCUCUCCCCUGACCUCUGACCCUCGUAGCAGCGGGGACGACACCUCCCCAGACCUCACCUGCACACGCACACACUCCACGUCCUCAGACGGCGACCCCCCCCUCGCAAAGGAUAUGGACAACCAGGGGAUCAGACACCGCUCCUACUCCUACUCCUCCCCCAAGAUCAGCCUGCUGCCCCCCCGCUUCUCCCGCAAAACCUUAGCCACGCCUGCGACCUCUGACCUCAGCCCAGAACAGAGAACAUUGAGUCUAUCAGAGCAGCCUCUCGAAAAAAGGGAGUUAAGGUUUCGUAAGCGUGCCCAGUCUGCAGACGACGAGGGCAGCGUUGAGCUGGCAGAGUCCCUUCAACACCUCACCCUCUCAGAGUUCCUCAAAGAAAUUGAAGAGGAGGAGUGGGACAAGUACAACAUCCCCUCCAAGGUGGAGUCAGAGAAAUACAAAGUGAUUCGUACCUUCAGCUUCCUCAAGAGCAGGAUGUCCACCACUCGCAACAAGAACAAGGGAAAGGGGAAGGAGAAGGAGAGAGAGAAGGGGAAGGAGAAGGAGAGAGAGAAGGAAGGGACAGAUAAGGACAAACAGCAGAAUGGACAUCGUUUCUCCACGGGUUCCUGUGCUGGUCCCACCAUCUGUCUGGUCUGUGACAAACCUGCUACUGGCAAGGACCUUCUGCACUGCUCCUGUUGUACAGUCAUGGUCCAUAAGGGUUGUAAGGACUCUGCUCCCCCGUGUCUAAAGAAACUUCAGGAUAAGUAUGCAGUUACUAUGGUGAAGAACCGAACAGCAUCCCUCCCGCAGAACUUCACAGUGCGAGACAGUCCCUCUCCAUGUCCGAUCUCCACCUCAGCCUCUCUACCUGUGAUGAGCCAGAGGGACAAGAGGGAAACAGCCUCCCUCUCCAACCCCCUCUCCAGGAGCGUCCCUUCUGCCACAGACAGGCUUAGUGAGAGUCCAGAGGCGGAGUCUGACAGCAGGUGGUGUCCUGGCCAAUCAGAAGAGCUUCUGCAGACCACCGAGUCGUCCACGUCCACUGACUCCUCCGUCGGAGAAGUUUGUCCUUCCACUCCCCAAGUAGACUGUGUGGACGCUAGACUCCAUGGUGACCUGGAUGCUGAUGCUCUAGACUACAAGGCUGAGUCUUGGAGUCUGACGGUGGAACACACGUUCUGUAAGAAGCAGGACAAACGGGUGGUCAAGAGGCAGGAUGUUAUCUAUGAGUUGAUGCAGACAGAGAUGCACCACCUCCAGACACUGAGGAUCAUGGCUGAGGUGUUUCGGCGAGGGAUGAGGGAGGAGGUUCAGUUGGAUGCUGGCGCAGUGGACCGUGUCUUUCCUUGUCUGGAUGAACUCCUCCUCCUCCACCACAACCUCUUCAAUGCCAUGAGGGAACGCCGCCACAGCUCCGCCAAGCCACAUGGGGACAGGAACUACGUCAUAGUACGCAUCGGAGACAUCCUGUUGCAACAGUUUUCUGAAGACAGUGCAGAGAGGAUGAAACAGGUGUAUGGAGAGUUCUGCAGCCAUCACACUGAGGCAGUCACCUUCUUCAAAGAGCUACAGCAACACAACAAACGAUUUCAGACCUUCAUCAAGCAACAAAGUAAUAACUAUUUGGUCCGGAGGAGAGAGAUCCCAGAAUGCAUCUUGUUGGUGACCCAGAGGAUCACUAAGUACCCUGUUCUGCUGGAGAGGAUUCUACAGUACACUCAGGUGGACAGUGAGGAGCACAUGGACCUUUCCAGAGCUCUGGUUCUGAUCAAGGAAGUGAUCGCGGCAGUUGACCUGAUGGUCAGUGAGUUUGAGCAGGGUCAGCGGUUACAGGAUGUUCUAAACAGGAUGGAGAAUCGGAGCUUUGCCAAGCUGAAGAACGGGCACACCUUCAGAAAGCAGGAUGUUCUGGGGCCAGGCCAGACCCUCAAACACCAGGGCCUGUUACUGUGGAAGACCGCCACCGGACGACUCAAAGAUGUCAUGGCUCUCCUUCUGACAGACACACUGAUCUUCCUCCAGGAGAAAGACCAGAAGUUCAUAUUCGCUGCUGUGGACCAGAAGCCCCCAGUGAUCUCUCUCCAGAAGCUGAUCGUCAGAGAGGUAGCCAAUGAGGAAAGAGGGAUGUUUCUGAUCAGUGCGUCGGCCGCAGGGCCAGAGAUGUACGAGGUCCACACUUCCUCGAAAGACGAACGCAACACCUGGAUGAGACUAAUCAGAGAGGCAGUAGAGAGCUGUCCAGAGGAAGAGGAGGAGAACACUAAUGAGUCAGAAGAGGAGAGAAGAACAGCUGAGGCCAGAGUCCAGAAGAUACACAAACUACAGGAGACCCUAUCCAGUCAGGAUUAUCAGAUAUGCUCCAGUCUGGAGGAGAAGCUACAGAUCUAUGCUGAACUGUCUGUUCUGAGGGGCGAGGCCCAGGAACCACACCCUGAGCCACACCUCCUGGUCCAGCCAAACCCAGAGGAGGUGCCCCAGGCUGCAGUACUGCUUACUGCCGCGCUCAGAGAGGCUGAGAACCUGAGGACCACUCUGUCCUCGCUGACCUUUUCCCCCUUCAGCCCCUGCAGCCCUCCCAGGGACCCCCUGUCCAACCCUGUGUCCCCAGCCUGCCCUCCUACCCCCCUGGACACCCCCUCAGAUGCGGAGGCCUCUCUUGGGGACUCUAAUACCAGGGAUGGGGAGUCAGCCUCCCAAGUCCUUGUACUGCAGUCCCUGACUAAUAAUAUCAACCUUAAGGUGUCCCACAGUGUCCAAAGCUUGACCCAGUUACUCUAUAGUCUACAGGCGGCGGUAACCAUCCAAGACAGUUUCUACGAGGUUCAGAAGUUCCUCCUCUAUGAGAGUGACCGCCACUCCCCCCGCUCUCCGAGACCACACACCCCAUGUCUCCGUGGCAACGCUCUGCAGGAGCAGGAGAAGCAGCGUAACCUGGAGAAGCGCCGUGAGGAGGUGGCGGCAGCAGUACGGUUGCAGGGCAGGCUGCACCAGGAGAGACAGCGGUGGGAGAGGGAGUGCCAGGCUCGCCACAGCCAACAGGGGGAGCUGGAGAGCAGGCUGGAGGAGAGGGAGAGACAGUGCCACCUGGAGGCUGAGAGGCUGAAACAGGAGCGGGAAGAGCUGGAGGAGCAGCUGGAGGAGUACCAGCAGAGCCUGGAGAGGCUGAGAGAGAGUCAGAGGAGUGUGGAGAAGGAGAGGGAGAGGCUGGAGACCCAGCAGAACCUGCUGCAGAGCUGGAGACACAGCCGACAGAGGAGCCUGCCUGUCAUGGUCAUACCCCUGGACCGCUGUCAUCAGGACUCACUUCCUGGCCAGCCUGGAGGCCAUCUUGACAACGGCGGCUCAGUCUUUGUCAACGAGGCAGCGGUCACCACGGCAAUGGGGCUCAACAACCGCCAUGUGCACCACCACCUGCAGCAGCAGCAGAGAGGGUACGGAGAUGACCCUCGAGCCCACAACAGCCUGAACACCCUACUGGCCCGCUCCAGCCACGGACAGACACUCCAACUCCACCCUGACACACACACACCCCAGGACUGGGCAGGGGGCACCGGUGUCACCGGGUACCUCUACACACCCACAGAGGGACAGGGCUCUGAGCAGAAACCCAACGAUAUAAACACACACCGCAAAGUGAGGGAGACGUGGUCAUUGAUGGCAACAGCGGCUGGACAAUAUCAGGGUCUACCCCCACAUGGAGAUCCCCAACUGGACCUGUCCUUAUUGGUUCCCCUGGAGAUGGAGCGUGGGGAUGGGGAGGACGUGGGAGAGGAGAACAUUGUGUACCUCUGAGGCUGAACCCCCUGAGUCAAAACCAGGACUUAUAUCUGGAAUCCUUAAUGGUGAAACUGCCACGUCCGUUUGGGAUAUUACAACAACUAACACCGUUUUUUCCCCCUUGGACAUAAUUAGAAUCACAGAUUUAACAUGAAUAUAUGAAGGCUCCGAAUACAAGAUUGGACAGUAAAUAUCUAGGCCUAUUGUAUAUCAACAAGGUUUAAAGAAGUAACAGGACUGGCACAUACAGAAAUCUCUCAUGCUUUGUCUCUCUGCCCGCCACGUCUGUGCCAGGUACCCUCCAUAUGUGUCGCCAAGUGUUGUCAAUGAGAGACACUUUUAUAGCGCUACAUGUUUAUGUGUCCAUAUGUGCAGUGUGUGUGUGUAACUUCAUCCACUGUGUGUGUGUGUGUGUCUCUCUGUUGAGAGUUCAACUCCAGGGCUGCCAUCGGGCCUGUGUGCCUGAGGCCCUCCAAUGACAGUUACCCUGACCAACCCUGCUGCCUGCCUUCCCCCUCUCUCCUCACCCCUGUAUCUCACUGUAACCCUGCCCCACACUGCCCUAAGUCUGCUUCAGUCUACCUCUCGUUUUCUCCCUUGUCCUCUAAGCCCAAUCUCUCCAGGACUAUUUAUUAGGCUCUCCCAGAAUGAAAUGCUGAGGAGAGUCUUCUCUUUGUUACCGCAGGGGGAAAGAGAGAGAGCAGAGAGGGGCUGGUAUCACUGUAGAAUCAGGCGGAAUCUGUCCAGUUGCUCUGUGGCUGAUUGUCUGGCCAGGAAAUAAACAGCUGCUCGCCCAUUCAUCAGACAAGCUCUAUUUAGAAGGUGAGCGGGAUUCUGCAAACACAUUAGUCAUGAAGGAUGAGGUGAAGCACCAUGAUCAGAAGGGAUUUGGUCCCUUGGUUUCUCAGACUGUCUGGCUCUGGCUACGCCCGGACAGCAUCAUUUGUUUUUAUCCGAAGGACUUUUUAUUGUUUUGAAAGAGUGUAAAGGUAUUGUGGUUUUAGGAAUGAUGUUGUGACUGUAGCAAUAUAUCAAUACAAUAUAGGACACUGCACUACUCUGCCUAAAUAAAGUACAUAUUUUAUUAGGGUCUAACGCAUAUAGUGGUCAAAAACCAUAGGACAGAACAUUUCUAUACUUUCAAUGACCUUUGCUUUUAAAAAUGGUUUUAAGUAUCCAAUCAGGGACAGUGCACUGUACAUGUGAAGCAUACCAAAUAUGGCCACAUCUCUUCUGCAUGAUACAUUUUUUUUUACAUCGUUUUUAAAAUUUUAAUGUUUAAAUAUUCCUUCCAAGGCACAUAUUUCAUAGCACAUGAUUUAUUCCAGUGUGUGUUCAGUUACUUUAAGAUUUUGUCUUAUGUAAAGUUACCUUACUAAUGCAUGUGUAGUAAUAGUAGCUGGAUAGUCAGCCUGGUAUCAGUUUAUAUCAGUGGAGGUUCCAUAGAGGAGGAAGGGGAGGACCAUCCUCCUCAGUGAAUUUAAUAAAAAUAAAAAUACUGAAACAUUGAAAACGUAAUCCUUUAUAUAAAAAAAUAUACUAAAUCUAUUCACGUCACCAAAUAGUUGAUUAAAACACACUGUUUUUCUAUAUAGGUCUACAGUAGCUUCAACAGCACUCAGUAGGGUAACACCAUGGAGUAGCCAGAGGACAGCUCGUUUCCAUCCUCCUCUGGGUACAUUGUUUUAUUCUUUUUGUAUUGGAUUAUUUUACACUUAUUUUACCAGGUCAUUUGACUGAGAGCACGUUCUCAUUUACAGCUACAACCUGGGGAAUAGUUACAGGGGAGAGGAAUUACACCAAUACAACACUUAUAGACUUACACAGUAAUAAUGACAACUUCUGGAGAAUGUCCUCCAAUCUAUCAAAGCUCUUGCAGCAUGAACUGACAUGUUGUCCACCCAAUCAAAUGAUAAGAGAAUGAAUCUAGCACUGAAAGCAUAAAUUGUGGUGAGUAGUUGACUCAAAGAGAAAGACAAUAGCUGACCAGUUUUUAAAACAAAUUAAUUUCUUCAAAAAUGAAGGAGAAGCAAGAGAGAGAGCUAUAUUUCUCGUUGUAAUUUUUUCACUUUCACUUACUUAGCUAGCGAAUGCAGCUAGCUAGUUUAGCCUACUCAAACACCCAGCUCAAACAGGGAGGGAUGCUAUGUUAGUUAGCUGGCUAUGACUAUCCAAAACUGGAAUUCUUCCAAGUCAACGUAAACCUUUGGUUUUAUUCAUUUAUUGCCACUGGGGCCCACUGGUGUAACUGCUAAACUGCUUGCUGUACACUGUACUGCGUGAUUCUCCCGGGUUUACUAACGCGUUAGUUCUCGUAGCCAUAUUGACUAGCUAUUACAUUAGCUACUAUGGUGACAAUGAUGUAAGCUGUGUGUAGCAGUUAGUGGUUAUAAUAUGAAGGUUUGGCUUGGAUUUUUUUUUGCCUGGUCACAGACAGCUGGUGUGUUGUGCACUGCAGUCCACAAGUGAAAGGAAAAGGUGAGAGGAGGAGAGUGCGUAGAUGUGAAAAGGAAUACAACAAGUAAAGUAAUCAUGCAGUUUGUAUGUGGCUGCUAUGAAAGUGAACUGUGUUUGUGUGAUCAGGGAUGCAUGUAUUCAUUCCUCCGAUUCUGUAAGCAAACGGAAUGAAACAUGGAUAAAAAUACCUGAAUUUGUUUGCAACUGUUGGACUAAUGAUUACACCCUAUAUCAGCUAGAUGCAGGCAAGAGUGUGCAGUAUUAAAUGUGUCACUGUCUGUCACCUUGAUUACUCAAAUCUUUCUCUCGACCUGUACACCUACGCUACUUGACCAAAAGUAUGUGGACACCUGCUUAUUGAACAUCUCAUUCCAAAAUCAUGGGCAUUAAUAUGGAGUUGGUCCACCCUUUGCUGCUAUAACAGCCUCCAC